GAUUUUGUAAACAAAAAUCUCGUGAAUAAUCAUGAAGGUGACAAGAUUUAAAAAAGCAUGUAAAAGAAUUUACUUCUAUAUAAACAACUUUAACUAUAGGCCACCAAUACAAGUAUUGAUUGAUGGCACUUUUUGUUUUGCUGCAAUUAAGAAUAAAUUUUCAAUCGAGGAUCAAUUAAAAAGUUACCUUCAGCUUGAAUUGAGAUUACUGACAACGCCAUGUAUGAUAAUAGAAAGCGAAAAGUUAGGUCACAAGCUUCAUCAAGUCACACAAAAACUUAAAAGUUUUAAUCUCAAUAAAUGUGGACACGAAAAGAAUCCGCUGGCUGGAUCUGAAUGCAUCAAAACAAUGGUAAAAGACAAUCAUUUCAUUGUUGCAACACAAGAUCGCGAUCUUCAAGAUUGGCUUCGUCAUCAAAUUGGAAAAGCUCUAAUUUAUCUUCAUAACGUUGUUCCACAUCUUGACGAACCUUCAGAUGCAAGCAAGAAGUUUGUGAUUCGUAAAUCAAAAGCAACAACAAGAGUUUCGACGUUUGAAGAUGAGCAAUUAAUGAAUAUUAAAAAGAAAGAAGGAUUAUUAAAAGAAAGUUCUUUAGUGAGAAUCAAAAAUAUUAAAAAGAAAAAGAAGGGAGGUCCAAACCCUUUGUCAUGUAAAAAGAAAAAAAUUAACAUUCAAACUAAAAUCAAAAAAGAAAAAAUGAAAAGCAAAAUAAAGAAAAAGCUUUGAAAAUUAU